AACGAGCGGUCCGGCUUCAUCGGGCAGGAGUUUUCUCUCGUUUUGUGGCUCAUCUAAAGGGAUCAAAAUGAUGUCCGAAUCCUUGAAGUUCUGUUUUUGUGUCCCAGCAGGAGAAGAGUCUGACGGAGAAGCCGAGUAACAUUUUUAGCCGUUUGGACUCAGCUCAGUCACUACAGAGGAAACAAUGAGCUCGACACAAAAUGACCAACAUGGAGCGGGAAGUCAGCACUCUCAGGAGGCCGACAAACCUCACAGAAGAAAGGGAGAGAAAAAAUACAGCUGUGAUGAGUGUGGGAAGUCUUUCACACACAUGAGUAGCCUAAAAAAACACCUUGUCUUUCACAGUGACAUUAAACCAUACAGCUGUGAUCAGUGUGGGAAGAGUUUCACCCAGAAAAGCAGCUUGAGCAUGCAUAAAUUCAUCCACAGCAUUAAACCAUACAGGUGCGACGUGUGCGGAAGGUCUUAUACUCGAUCUGGACAUUUAAAAAGUCAUCAAGUCAUCCACAAUAGAUUCAAACCAUUCAAGUGUGACUUGUGUGGAAAGUCUUAUACUCAAGCUGGACAUUUAAAAAAUCACAAAGUCAUCCACAGUGGAGUGAAACCAUUCAGGUGUGACUUGUGUGGUAAGUCUUUCACUGAGAUGAAGAGCCUAAAACGACACGAAGUCUUCCACACUGGAGCUAAACCAUUCAGCUGUGACCAGUGUGGGAAGUGUUUCACCCGCAAAGAAGGCUUGGAAAAUCACAAGCUCAUCCACAGCGGAGUUAAACCAUACAGCUGUGAUCAGUGUGGCAGAGCUUUUACUUGCAGGAAAAAUUUAUGGAUUCAUCAAAUUACCCACUCUGGAAUAAAGCUAUACAGCUGUGACGUUUGUGGAAAAACGUUUAGUCAUCUGGGGAGCCGAAAUAAACAUCUGCGCAUUCACACCGGGCAGGAUGUGUGCUGCUGUGAUCUGUGUGGCAAACGCUUUGUUACAUACAGCAACUUACAAAUCCACAAACUUACUCACACUGAGGAGAGACCUUAUAAAUGUGAGCUGUGCGAUAAGGCUUAUAAAGCUCCAAAUUCCCUGAAAGUGCACCAGAAGAGUCACACCAGAAAGAGACUGUACAAGUGCAGUUACUGUGACAGGCAGAGCGACACAGAUGGAUCCAAUUCUCAGCCCUGUUGUCACUGUGGUGCUGUGAAACCGUUUUGUUGUGACCUUUGUGGAAAAGCUUACAAGAAGAAAAAAGGCCUGAUAUGGCAUCAACGUAGACACACCGGACAAAGACUGAACUACUGCAAACAGUGUGGGAAAGGCUUCCCCACUCCAAGUGCAUUAAAGCAACAUGAACUCUUCCACAAUGGUGUCAGAAAGCACAUCUGUGACCAGUGUGGGUCAUCCUUCAUCACUACAGGUGACCUUAAAGUGCAUAAACGCGUCCACACAGGAGAGAAACCAUACAAAUGCAGCCACUGUAACAAAAGCUUCUCACAUUCAAGUAAUCGUAACAUUCACGAACGUGCACACGAGGAAGAGAACUACAUGGUUUAUCAGCAUGAUCUUGCAGAACUGAAAUCAGUGGAUCGCAAUGAAUCUGAAGAGACAGAAAGAUCCUCUUCUGGUUUCAGGGUCAGACUUAAAAACCUUGAGAUCAGGCUCCACAGAGUUCAGGUGGAAUCUUCUGUAAAGAGUGUCAGCUGAUGUCACACUUGGAUCUGAUGAGCUAGCUCUGAAUCCUGAAUCUUAAAUUAAAUUUCGUCUGAAAAUGGCAUGUCCAGAAGAACAGAAUAUACUCAAUGAUUGAGCAUGCAUCCAGACACUUAAACUGUCUGUACUUUAUUCUAUUUCUGUUGCUUGUGAGUCUCAGUGAAGACACCCACCAAUGCCUCAUGUUCACCAAACUAACUAAUACUAAAACUAAGGAUAUUUCCUCUGUAUUGUUAUUGUUAUUAUUGUUAUUGUUAUUAAGUGCUCUGUGGCAGAGAAGAGGACUCCGCUGAGGGCGGUGAAGGCUUCCCAGAGCGUAGUUGGCAGCAGCGUCCCCGCCACAGCAGACACACACACCCUCUGUUCUUCUUUUUACCACACUGUAAACAUGGUUCUUCUUAUACUGUAAAUAUGUUUGUGUUUAUAUUAGAGCUGGGCGAUAGAACGAUAACAAUAUGUAUUGCGAAAUAACUUUUUCUCGAUAGAAAAAUUAAACUAUUGCGAUAGACCUCAUCUCUCUCUUGCUCUCUUAAAAAAAAAAAGAAAAGAAGAACAGCCAAUCCAAAUUAAGUAGCGCAGAGCCGAACCAAUCACAGCCGCAGCGUCACGUCACGUGACUUGUUACGUACAGCACAAGUGCCAAGCCACACGUGUAGUUGUUUGGGAAGCAGCCAGCCGCCGUGCCGCACCGGUAAUGGAGGAAAUGAGUGUGCCGACUAGAGAAAAAUCAACCGAGAGCGUGGUGACCAGGUUACCGAAGAGAAAAGAGAUGAUGGUUCCAAUGCCGGAGAGAUUGUCGAACGGAAGGGCCAUAGAAGUUCCGUAGUGCGAAGGUAUUUCAUAGUGAUGUGUUGGUCGCGAACGAAAUGGCUCUUAGAGCCGGAUUUUUGACGUGAACGACGCGAGCCGGCUCCUUAUCACGAGCCGUGGGGAUUUUUUUCUUUCCUUCUCUCACCCUCUCUCUCACACUUUUUUUCCGCUUCACUCCGCACACGAGCCUUGUACUUUGCGCUGGGAAGGGGGGGGAGGGGCGGUAGUUACACUCGCUGUAGCACAGGAACAGAGCGGGAGGGAGAGAGAGAGAAAGAGAGCCAGGGACAACAACGUCACAUUAGAAAGCUAUAGUAAUCAUCCACAACUAUUUUCAGUUACAGAUGAUAAAAGAUUCAGAAAGUUCAGAAAGCUAUACAACAAGGAGAGAUUGAAAAUUUCCUUUUAGUUCUCAGUUUAUUUGAUAUUGACAAAAGUUAGUCAAUUUUGUCUGUUCUUCUGUAAAACAAACUAAGAUUUAUUUUUAGAAUUAAUAUUUUGUUUCUAAGUAGAAUUGACAAUUUAGUAGUCUGUUUUGUUUGUUCUAUUUUGAAACUUAAACGCUUUAGCGGCUGCCUUUUGUGUAGUUUGCAAUAUUUGCCUUUAUUUAUCUGAAAAAGUCUCAUGUUCCUUAAGUACAUCUACCCUGUUGAACUUAUUAUGGGAAAUAAAUAUUUAAAUCAAAACAAGCUGCUGAUUAUUUCACAUUUUACUUGUGAGCAACGGCACAUUUAAAUCUUACAAAUAUAGUUAUUUGGCUUAUAUCGUGAUAUAUAUCGUUAUCGCCUGAAAUGAAAAAAACAUAUCGUGAUAUGAAAAAAUCUUAUAUCGCCCAGCUCUAGUUUAUAUUGUUGCCUCUAUCUGGAAGUUGAGUGCAGAGCUCACUCGAUGUACAUGCAUGUGCUGGAAUGACAAUAAACACCUUAAA